CAGGUUUUGCCAGAGAUUGCUUGUUGCCCACAUCUGAGCUCUCGUUGUUCCAUCGGUAUGCUACAUACAUGUGUUAAGACCUGGAUGAGACGGUACGGUGUGUUGAGCGGGUUUGUCGAGGCGAUUGGGGUGGCUAAACCCAGGGCUAGAGACCGAACAGACGUCAGAACGAGGCAAAUAGUCCAGGAAAUGGAGGAAAGGUACACCGGAUCUCCCCGGUUUUCUAACGCCGAAACAAUGUAUGCUAGCUUGUCAGACACCUUUAUUGAGGCGCUAAAGGCUGGUCCGACUCCAGAGUCCAGUAGCAAAUUCAAGCGGUACGCGGAGUACUAUCGGGAGCUUUCAGCGGAAAGUUCCCGUAGUAAUAAGAAUUCAAAUGCUAAUUCCCUUACAAACGCUGGUUUGGCAUCUAAAAUCAUUAAGACCCAGGGCCUAAACCGGUCCUACAAGCGAACCUUAGAUGAAAGAUAUGCCAUCCCCCGCCUAGCUGCGACCCCGGAGUCUGCCGUGUCAUACAGCAAGUUUUCUGCCUUGUUGUACAACCCGGAAGCCGACCUCGUGAAGCUCUUUGACGCGUACUGUGCGUUACCGUCACCCAAACCGGUGCACGUCCAGCCGCAGCACUUCGAGCUCUUCUUGGACCGCUUCCUAGCCGCGGCCGACAACUACAGUGCUUCUACGUUGGACAACUUCUUGGAGGUGGUUCAAGAUAUGAAGGGGUACGGGUUCCCCUUGAGUGUUCAUGAGCAGAACAAGUUGAUCUACUUGCAGUUCUUGAAGCACACAGACCGCCAGAUGUUAACCCUCGAGACGUAUCGCGAUCUUGUCGCCACCCUUGAAGGACAGGGGAACCGCGACAUCUCCACGUUUGACAUUCUCCUCAAAAGCGCAAUGUUGGUGAAGGGACGCAAAGGCGUCUCCAAUGAAGAGACCACGGAAUGGGAGAACUACGACGUCAUCCACGCCAUAUUGUGUGAUAUUGCAACCAAGAAGGUGGUUCCCAGGCGUACUACCGUCCAAGCGGUGAUGGCGUUGAUUGCAAACAUUGACGAGGAGUAUAUAGCACGAGACCCACGUUUCCGCGAGUGGAAGAGCCAGGAAGUGUUCACCCGUUUGAUGAAGCUCCACCUUGAGCACUUUGUCACUGACGAAAAGUUUGUCACGCUAGUCGUCCACGGCUUGGUCGGGUUUGGUAAAGCCGAGCUUGCUGAGCUGUUGGUUGGCGUGUUCUCCAAAACAUUCCUUGCAAAGCUGCUGCAAGAAAGAGGUGACACUGGCCGGUCUUCGGCCCAGUUACACCGGAUGGUGGAUGACAUUCUCCAGGUACUCCCUCAGGCGGACGUUCCCCAAUAUUUAGUAAAGCUCGGGGACCAGGCAUACCGCCACCUCAUUGAGUACUAUUGCAAAUUGCCUCCAGUGGAAGAAACGUUUACACAGGUGAUGGCGCUUGUGGACGUCAUGAACCAGUCCCAAAUUCUCCUCUCAUCUAAAACCCUCAACGUGGUCUACCAGGGAUUCAUGCACAACAACAGUUCCAUAGAUGAGAAAAAGCUGGCCAACAACUGGAGCUUGGCAAAUCUAAAUAUAUUCACCAAGUUUGUCUUGGAACUCUACGCAAACCAGGAAAUGUCCCAGCCAAACUACGACAAAGUCCGGUUUCCCCACUAUUUCCAGACCUCUUCCAUCGUUUUUACACGCAGCUUUUGCGCGAACAUCUUCGACUGCUAUUUGAUGGUGUUGGGGCAAGACUACAACCGCUACGGUAAUUCUAUCGCCAAACUCUUGCAUCUCAAAGCUACGUUCAACAACUUAGUGACAGACACUAUGGAAUCGGAGAAACGGCUCAACGGCAGUCUAGGUCUGGCCUAUGGCGGUGGGUAUUUUAGCAAUGUGGUUCCCGGGGUCAAGGGCGACAUCAUGCGAGACCUCAUGAGGGACUUGAUAUUAUUAUGAAGAAACGACUUGUAAAUAGCUAGCAUUACGUAAUACAUUUAAUUAACUUUUAC